AUGGCGGACCAGAAGAAAACCGAUGCUAACUCUAAGGAAAAAAAGGAUUCCAAGGCUCCACCGAAAGAAGAAGAACAAGAUCUUUCGGAGGAGGAUAAACUACUUCAAGAAAAUCUGAACUUGAUGGUUGAGAGACUCUGUGAGUCUGAUCAAAAGUUGUAUAAACAAGCUCUUGAAUGUCUCCGCACUGAGAUCCGUGCUUCAACCACUUCAAUGACUUCAGUUCCUAAACCUCUCAAGUUUUUGCGUCCUCACUAUGGUACGCUGAAGAAAGUUUAUGAAAAGAUUACAGAUAUAGAAGUUAAGCGCUCAUGUGCAGAUAUCAUUUCUGUUUUGGGAAUGACUAUGAGUGAAGAGAGGGACAGCUUGAAAUUCCGAAUGGUUGGUUCUAAUGAAGAAAUUGGCUCCUGGGGACAUGAAUAUGUAAGACACCUUGCUGGAGAAGUCAUUCAAGAAUGGCAUGAUACAACAGAAAAAGAUGCUGAAAUGAGAGAAAAUUUGAUUGGAUUAGCCAAAGAGAUUGUACCUUAUCAUAUGGAACACAAUGCUGAAGCUGAGGCCUGUGAUCUUCUCAUGGAAAUUGAACAACUUGACCUUCUUGAACAGCAUGUUGAUGAAAACGUCUACCAGAGAGUUUGUCUUUAUCUCAUCAGUUGUGUUCCCUAUGUACCUGACCCUGAGAACACCACCCUUGUUCGCAAAGCUGUACAUCUAUAUCGCAAAUUCAAGCAACACCCACAUGCAAUGCGCUUCGCUAUGCAGCUCAAUGAUAUAGAAUUAAUGAAGGAAAUCUUCUAUGAAUGUGAUGAUUUGUUAAUGCAAAAACAAUUGGCUUACAUGUUGGGUCGUCAGCAAACAUAUAUGGAACUUGAUGAAAAUACACCAGAGUUAGAUGAACUCAAAGAUAUUAUGUCCAAUACACAUCUUAAUACCAAUUUCUUAGUUCUUGGCAGAGAAUUAGACAUUUUGAAACCUAAAGUACCUGAAGAUAUCUACAAAACGAGCUUGGAACCAAACAGAACUACAAUUGGAUCUGGUAAUGUGGAUUCUGCGAGACAAAAUUUAGCGGCUUCAUUUGUGAAUGGAUUUGUUAAUGCUGCCUUUGGUAAAGAUAAACUGAUUAUGGAAAGUAAAGACUGGCUUCACAAGAAUAAAGAUCAUGGAAUGUUAAGUGCUACUGCUUCUCUUGGUCUGAUUCUGCUGUGGGAUUUGGAUGGUGGCCUUAGCCAAAUUGAUAAAUAUCUCUACUCACAUGAAGAUAAUAUUAAGGCUGGAGCUCUUCUGGCUUGUGGUAUUGUCAAUUCUGGCGUCCGCAAUGAAUGUGACCCAGCCAAGGCUUUAUUAGCUGAUUAUGUUAGAGAUCAAAAACCAAUUAUGCGCAUUGGUUCCAUAGUUGGGUUAGGUUUGGCUUAUGCUGGUUCCAACAGAGAGGAUGUAAUCAAUCUUCUUCUUCCUGUUCUUGGAGACACAAAAACAACCAAUGAAGUGAUUGGUAUGGCUGCUUUGUCUUGUGGUUUGAUUGCAGUUGGAAGUUGUAAUGCAGAUGUUUCUUCCACAAUUAUUCAGAAAAUGAUGGAAUGGCCUGCUAGUGAACUCAAAGAUACUUACACCAGAUAUUUGUCUUUAGGUCUUGCACUUACGUAUUUAGGGAAACAAGAAGCUGUUGAAGCUACUCUUGCUGCUUUGGAAGCAGUUGUUGAACCAUUAAAAUCUAUGACUCAGAUGUUAGUGGAUAUUUGUGCUUAUGCUGGCACUGGAAAUGUACUCAAGAUUCAACAAUUAUUGCAUUUAUGUUCAGAGCAUGAUGAUACAAAAGACAAUGAAAGUAAUGACAAGAAGGAUGAUAAAAACAAAAAGAAAGAUGACAAAAAGGAAGAAAAAAAAGACAAAGAUGAAAAGAAUGAAGCCACUGCUGCCAAACCAGAUCUCUCCAUCCAACAAGGUAUUGCUGUCAUAGGAAUUGCUCUUAUUUCAAUGGGAGAAGAUAUUGGAGCAGAGAUGUCUUUUAGAACAUUUGGACAUUUGUUGCGCUAUGGAGAACCGGUCAUUCGAAGGGCAGUACCUCUGGCAUUAGCUCUUGUAUCGGCUUCCAACCCUAAACUACAGAUUCUUGAUACACUUAGCAAAUUUUCACAUGACAGUGAUUCUGAAGUGAGCUAUAAUGCUAUUUUAGCCAUGGGAAUUGUUGGAGCUGGCACCCUGAAUGCCCGUUUGGCUGCCAUGUUACGUCAAUUAGCUAUUUACCAUGCAAAAGACCCCAGCAACUUAUUUAUGGUUCGCCUUGCCCAGGGCUUGACUCACUUAGGCAAAGGAACCCUUACCCUCUGCCCUUAUCACAGUGACAGAUCACUUAUGAGUCCUGUGGCUGUUGCUGGAUUACUUUCUGUUCUUAUUUCUUGCCUUGAUGUCAAAAAUAUUAUUCUUGGCAAAUCUCAUUAUGUAUUGUACCAUAUAGUAUCAGCUCUGCAACCAAGAAUGCUUGUCACAUUUGAUGAAAAGCUACAGAAUAUAAAUGCAUCAGUUCGAGUGGGACAGGCUGUUGAUGUUGUUGGUCAAGUAGGCAAACCGAAGACAAUAACCAGUUUUCAGACACACACCACUCCUGUAUUGCUGGGUUAUGGAGAAAGAGCCGAAUUAGCGACAGAUGAAUAUAUUCCUCUCACCCCAGUUAUGGAAGGUGUUGUCAUUUUAAGGAAAAACCCUAAUUAUGAAGCCUAG